GUUGCAGUUGGGGAGGGUCGACUUUGAGGUGACAUUGACGCUGUGUAGAUGAGAGUGAGGAUCCUGCGCUCCAUGUUACGUCCCUGCUCGCUUCAGCUCAGACGGCGGCAGCUCCUUUCCCCGUCUUCUCUCCCCUCCUCUCUUUCAGCACCACUCCUUUAAGGACAGCACCUCGCUCUCAAAGACGCAUUUGUCCGCCAUCCUCACCCCCCCUCAGGAUCAUAUACUAUUUGCUCGCUGUCGUCGGAUGCAAAGUUUUCACACUGGUUUUAUUCUGUAAAAGUGCCAGGAAGUAACUUUUUUUUUCCUUCUAAAUUUUGGAUUUUCCCAUCGGGGAAACAAUCUGGCAAGGAAAGGGAUUUUAUUGGUGGCUGGACCGCUGCUAAGGUGCCUCGGUUUCUGCCACUAAUCACUCUCACUGCCUCGAUUAUUCGUCUCCACUCGGCUGCUGUCUGGGAGCUGGGCGCACAGGACGGAGAAGCUGCUGUCUGUCUGUCUGCCUGUCUGUCUGUCUGGACCGGUGCUGAAACUCCCUCCUCUACACUGGUCAGGACUAUUCGACACGCGCAGUGACCAUGGCCACCAACGGGACCAAAGCCUCGGACGGACACGUCUUAACGGAGACGGUGAAUGACGCGCCUAGCACCACGCCAAACGACAAACCCAAAACCUUGGUGGUGAAAGUGCAGAAGAAAAAGGAGAUACCCGAGAGGGAAACGUGGGGUGGCAAAUUUGACUUUCUUCUGUCUUGUGUCGGAUACGCAAUCGGACUCGGGAAUGUCUGGAGAUUUCCUUAUUUAUGUGGAAAAAACGGAGGAGGGGCCUUCUUGAUUCCCUACUUUUUGACCCUCAUAUUUGCUGGCAUGCCCCUGUUCUUUCUGGAGACGGCUCUUGGUCAGUACACUUCUAUUGGAGGGCUUGGAGUGUGGAAACUGGCCCCCAUGUUCAAAGGUGUGGGUCUGGCUGCUGCUGUUCUCUCCUUCUGGCUCAAUAUCUAUUACAUUGUAAUCAUUUCCUGGGCUAUUUACUACCUGUAUAAUUCCUUCACUGCUGAUCUGCCAUGGCAGACUUGUGGCAAUCCCUGGAACACAGAGCGCUGCUACACCAACUACAGCAUCGCAGACACCAGAAACCUCACCAGCGCUGUGGUGGAGUUCUGGGAACGUAACAUGCACCAGCUGACCGAUGGUCUGGAGAAGCCCGGGGAGAUCAGGGUCCCACUGGCUAUCACACUCGCUAUUGCAUGGGUGCUCGUCUAUUUCUGUAUCUGGAAGGGAGUCAGCUGGACUGGCAAAGUGGUGUACUUCUCAGCCACAUACCCUUACUUCAUGCUGUUCAUCCUGUUUUGUCGUGGCAUCAGUCUACCGGGUGCAAUUGAUGGGAUCCUCUUCUACAUCACGCCGAACUUUGACAAACUCAAGGAGUCUGAGGUGUGGCUGGACGCUGCCACUCAGAUCUUCUUUUCCUACGGGCUGGGAUUGGGCUCUCUGAUUGCUCUCGGCAGCUACAAUACCUUCAACAACAACGUCUACAGAGAUUCUGUCAUUGUCUGCUGCAUCAACUCCUUCACCAGCAUGUUCGCUGGCUUUGUCAUCUUCUCCAUCGUGGGAUUCAUGGCCAAUGUAACAAAGAGACCCAUCGCUGAUGUGGCAGCCUCAGGACCUGGCCUGGCGUUUUUGGCUUAUCCUGAGGCUGUCACUCAGCUGCCCGUCUCUCCUCUCUGGGCCAUCCUCUUUUUCUCCAUGCUGUUGAUGCUGGGAAUCGACAGCCAGUUCUGCACGGUGGAAGGCUUCAUCACUGCACUGGUUGAUGAAUUCCCUCAGGUUCUCCGAAACCGCAGAGAGAUCUUCAUUGCAUGCGUCUGCCUUGUUUCUUACAUUAUUGGACUGUCCAACAUCACACAGGGUGGACUCUACGUGUUCAAGCUAUUUGACUACUACUCAGCUAGUGGAAUGUGCCUGCUAUUCCUGGUCUUCUUUGAGUGCAUCUCAAUUUCAUGGUUCUAUGGUGCGAACAAAUUCUAUGACAACAUUGAGGAAAUGGUUGGCUACAGGCCCUGUCUGUGGUGGAAGGCCUGCUGGGUGGUUUUCACUCCGCUCAUUGUGGCUGGAGUCUUCUUGUUUAGUGCAGUGCAGAUGGUUCCCCUCACCAUGGGUGACUAUGUGUUCCCAGCCUGGGGUCAGGGGGUCGGCUGGUGCAUGGCCCUUUCCUCCAUGUUGCUCAUCCCUGGCUACAUGGGCUACAUGUUCCUCACACUCAAAGGCACAUACAAAGAGCGUCUGCGGAUGAUGAUCAAGCCUGUGGUACUGAUGAAGGCUCAGGAAAACGGCCCGGACCAGCAGACAGAAAACCAGAACCAGAACCCUGCUAAUGAGGAAGCCUACAUCUAGAAACCUCCGCCUGCCUCCGUCUCGACAGCCAGACUGGCGCUCCGUUACAGAAGAAACGUAAUCAAGGUUGGGAACGACCACCAGACUUCCAUGUCUGCUUUUAUUCACCUACCUCCUGGGGACACGUGAGACCAACCUGAUUACACAGUUAUUUUUAGGGGUUUUUCUGUUUGUUUAUUUGUAUAAUACAGAGUUAUAAAACUUAAAAGGAAAAACAAACUACCCAGCAAAGUUGUUGUGAUAUUAUGAAUUUCAUUAUGCAAAAAAGUUAGUCAUUAUAGAAAAGGAAACGUGACUUAGGAAAUUACUGUAUAUUGAAUAUAUAAUUUAAAUUUGGAGGCCCACGUUGAUUCAAUAGUAGGUAUUGUGCUACUUUGAAGAUAUUAAUUAAUCUACUAAACUACAAUUACUGUACAAAGAAAAAUAUUGGUUAAAUGCAUUUUGCUUGUACAUGAAAUAAAUACAUUAAAAUGAAUGCAGUGUAGUAGAGGAAAAAAAAUGCAAUUUGAAAGUUUGUAAAAUGAAAAUUGAAUAUUGACCAAUUCAAGGCAAAGACAAUAUGGGAAUGUGCAACAGGUAAGGCCAAAUCUGCUUGUAUGUGUAAAAUAUAUUUUAGUCAGACUAUCACUCCCUUGCAGGAUCCUGCAGUUCGCCUGAAAUGUUUACCACCCAUGUCUGGGGCUACCUUUGAAAAGCACAAGUAAAGCAUGGAAUUUGAAGCGUCCAACUUCUUUUGACUCGAUUGAAACCUGUGACCACAGCAAAAAUAACUUACAUAGGAUUACAUAGCAAGAGACUGUUAUAAUUGUUUCUUUGUUUUCUAAAGAACAAUAACUUUGUAUGUUGUCUGAAUCUUUUUUGUAGGAUCAUUUUUAGGUCGUUUUCUAUAUGUGAGAGUGAGAAGGACCAAAAUCAUACUCAAGUUUGAAAGUUUGGUGCAGCCAUUUGACCCGCUGACUAUAUCUGGAUUAAAUCAAGCCCCCCCCCCCCCUUUUGUCUCACUAUAGAGCAUCAGGGUAGUAAAAACAGCAUCCGCCUACAAGCACAAUUUGGAUCUGUAAACUACCACCUUUAACAACAAAGGUGUAGCCAUUACAGAAAUCCCACGUUUGCACUGCGUGUACAAUAUUUCUGGCUGCGGGGGAUUAUUUGUAAAAUGUAGAUUUUCCUUCUCCUAACAACCAGUUAAGUGGAAAGAAAGUGUUGUGUUGCAAUAAGCCAAUGCUAAUUCAGAUCCAUAAUGUUAAACUGUGAAUGAGUAAGUUGCAGUGACUGCUGCAUUGGAGACUGUAUGAUGGAUUUCUAUGAUAGCUACCACUAUUCCAACUGGAACCGUUUACUUGUAUAUCUGUUUAGUAACCCACUCCUCAGGAACAAAGGUGGACGUGACCAAAUUCUCUCAGAUACUACCAUUAUACACUGAAACAAUUAAUGCUAUAUUUAAAAAAAAAAAUGCAACUAUUGUCAAAUUUCUGCCACUCUCUCC